AUGAGACGAAAUUUGACACCCGGCACAACUCCAGUCAUCAACCUUACCAAUGAAGAUGGUGUAUCAUUCAGCCAUAAGAGUAGUGGUCAAAGUAACCCAAAUAACAAUAACUAUGAACACCAAUAUGACCAAUUUCAAAACCAAAAAAACGGUCCAUACACUUCACAAUCACAUUCACAAUCACAUUCGCAAUCACAAUCCUCAUCUUCACAAGAGCAGAACCCUUUUGCAGAUCAGCAACAAGAAGAUAUUUACAACGAUGGAUACCCCCUGCAGUACAACUCACACUCGAGACCAAUAAGCAAUACUGACUCAGAAUCUGUUUACUAUACGCGACCGCUGGAUAAUCAGAACCAACUCACGUAUUCGCAGUAUCAGCAACAACAGUCACCAAAAAACCACCAACAUUUUUCAUCUUCUAUACCACACAAUAACUCUUUUCAGAACUUGAGUUACAACUCACACAACUAUCAAACACAAAACAAUCCUCCACAAGAUUUUUACUCGAGAUCAUACAGAUCGGAAUUAGAUAUAGAAUCGGACCCAAACUCAGAAUCAGGCUCAGGCUCAGGCUCGGACUCAGAUCCCUUGAAUCUGUCACCCAAUACUUUAUCACACCUACCAUUGAAUCACCAUUAUGGCUCUUCAAACACGUAUAAUUCAUCAUUAAGGAGAUCUACCGCAACAUCCAUAAUGGGAAACAGUAACAACAACAUCAACAACAACAACAACAACAAUAGUAAUAGUAACAGUAACAAUAACACUACUAGUGCAUACACAGUAGGUGGGGGAAGCAGUGGUGGUUCAGCAUGUGGUGCACAGCAGUAUGAUCGGUACCCAAAAGAAGCAUUUUUUGGCUAUGCAAACCAUUCAAGCCAAGCAUCUGCUUCAAAUCUACUCUUGGACGAUAACGCCUCAUCAUCAACAUUCAACUAUGCUUCAUCACCAAACCCAAUCUCAAACAAUUCAAGUUAUGACUAUGAGUUUUCACCCUUUGGAGGGUACCCAGCAAGCCAAUUCCCCUUGAGCAUAGAUGAAAAAGAACCAGACGAUUACUUGCAUAACCCAGACCCGGUUAAGGAUGCAGAAUAUGACGAGAAUAGAUUUAUGUCCGAUUUGAAAAAUAUGGAUCGCAGAUCUUUUGGCGGACUUGUGGCACUAAUCAUGAUGUUGAUUGCCGCAAUAUUGGUGUUUGUCCUCUUGCCCGUAUUAACCUUUACCAAUAAUGUUCAGCCAGCACAACCUCGAGUUUAUGAAAUCUUGACGAGGUAUAAAUACCCAAUGCUAAGUGCCAUACGCCAGUCACUUGUAGAUCCAGAUACUCCAGAAUCAGCAUUAACAAAUAUCGGCCAAGAUGGUCGAGUAUGGAAAUUGGUGUUUAGCGACGAGUUCAACGUUGAAGGAAGGACUUUUUACGAUGGCGAUGAUCAAUUCUUUACCGCGCCUGAUUUGCACUAUGCUGCAACACAGGAUUUGGAAUGGUAUGACCCUGACGCUGUAACAACUAGAAACGGUACUCUUGAGCUCACUCUUGAUGCAUUUGAAAACCACAAUCUACAUUAUCGGUCAGGGAUGGUGCAAUCAUGGAACAAAAUGUGUUAUACUCAGGGAAAGUUGGAGUUUUCUGCAAUGCUACCAGGUUAUGGCAGUGUUUCAGGGCUCUGGCCAGGAUUAUGGUCAAUGGGAAAUUUGGGCAGACCUGGAUACUUGGCCACCACAGAAGGAGUUUGGCCAUAUACUUAUAACUCGUGUGAUGCGGGAAUCACACCAAACCAAUCAUCUCCAGACGGAAUUUCAUACUUGCCAGGACAAAGACUCAAUAAAUGUACUUGCCCAGGAGAAUCGCAUCCAAACCCUGGUGUUGGUCGUGGUGCACCCGAAAUUGAUGCUCUUGAAGGUGAGAUUCAUGGCACUACAGGACGAGUCUCACAAUCAUUGCAAAUUGCUCCAUACGAUAUAUGGUAUAUGCCCGAUUACAACUUUAUUGAGUUACAUAAUCUGACGGUAACAUUGAUGAACACCUAUGCCGGUGGACCAUUCCAACAAGCUGUUUCUGGGGUAACUAUGCUUAAUAGAACAUGGUACGAAAAGGGCGAAGGUUUGGGCCAUCACUUUCAAAAAUACGGCUAUGAAUUUUUGAAUAACGACGAUGAUGGGUAUAUCACGUGGUUUGUAGGUAACGAGCCAACAUUCACCAUGUUUUCAACGGCAUUGCACCCCAACGGAAAUAUUGGCUGGAGACAAAUUCCCAAAGAGCCAAUAAGCAUAAUUAUGAAUUUGGGUAUAAGUAAUUCAUGGGCCUAUAUCGAUUGGCCCAGUUUGUCCUUUCCAUCCAAAAUGAGAGUCGAUUAUGUUCGAGUGUACCAACCCGAGGACGAAGUGAAUAUGGGAUGUGACCCCGAUGACUACCCAACAUAUGAUUAUAUUCAGGACCAUUUGAAUAUUUACAUGAAUACUAAUUUCACCACAUUUGAAAAAGGUGGAUACAAGUUCCCAAAGAAUAAACUCACUGGUUGCUGA